UCCUCACGCUUGAGGCACCGGGCCUUCGUCUUCCUUCGCAUUUUCCUAAUGAUGUUGCUCCUGUCCCGAAAUGCAUGCAAGGCCGAAUUCUACGUAGUGAUACAACCGUCUGGAAACGAGCAAUGUUUCAUGAUUGAGCAACCACAAGGUACACCGGUCACAGUGGAUUACGAUCUCCCCGCAUAUGCGACCCAGAGCCUCAACUUAGUGAUCAGCUUGGUGUCGGGGCCUGGCGGGAAGGGAGGCGGCGGGAAAAUGGUCCAACAAGUGCAAAUGAACGAGGAAAAGGGCCAGUUCAAGUUUGCCACAGUGAAAGAUGGGUUCCACUCCCUCUGUAUCGUACCUCACACUGUGACCAAGCCCACGAAAGUGGGUCUAGAGGUCACGUACGGAAAGUCCGACGCAUACUAUGCUGACCUGGCGAAAGAAGCGCACAUCGACCUGUUGGAGGCCUCCAUCAUGCAUUUGAACGCGCAAAUGGGUCAGAUUCUAAACGAAGCGGACUACAUGAAAGACAAGGAAGUCCUCUUCCACCAGCAAUGCGAGCGGACGAACUCAGCGGCGCGAUGGUGGCCUAUUUUGCAAGUGGGCAUCCUCCUGGUCACGGGCGUGCUCCAGGUCAACAACCUCAAACAGUUUUUCAAGGCGAGGAGAUUGGUGUAGACCGACUCACGGCCUU